AUGAGCAACGAGCAGCCCGAGCGGAGGAAAAGCAAGCGCCUAGCAGGGGCAUCUGUUUUUGACGAAAGCGAUGGCGAUUUUCUUUUUACGCGUGCCUCCAAGCGAGCUAAGACGACACCAUCUUCAGAAGCCGAGCCUGAACCUCCAACAGCAGCCCCAGCCCCAGCAACCACAAAGAAGUCUGCACGCGGGAGACCACCAAAAGACCCCGCCAGGCCAUCUCCGCGGUCAUUACAAACAUCUGCCAAGGGAAAAAAGUCGACGGCGAAGGACACGACCGAACCGCACAGGAAAUCGUCACGUCAUGAAUUUAGUCCAGAGCCCAGCGUAUCAGAUGAAUCCCAGCUUGUCGUACCGAAACGGAGGACCAGGAAGUGCGCGCAUGAUUCAGCCGAGAAGGCGGACGAGCGGCCGCUUCCUAACGGGGCGGCGGCUAAAAGGAAACACGAUCACCACCAGGUGGACGCGUCCGAGAGGACGCCGAUGGAUGCGCCUCGUCACCGCCCACCGUCUAGUAGCGUGGACGACUCGAUCGAAUCCCAGAAGAUUGCGCUUCCCGUCAGCGACACUCCUGUUAUCAACCGGAACAAAGAGAUGCGGAAGAACGCCAAAGGACCCCGUAGGAGCAGCCUGGGCAUGCGGGGACGAAGGGCGAGCUCCCUCAUUGAGAACGGCCACAGCGCGACGCCACAUCAUGCUGUUGACAGUGCCGAGUUCUAUAAACACAUAGAAGCCGAGGGGCUGAUGGAGCCGCGUCGCAUGAAGCAACUUCUUACUUGGUGCGGCGAACGGGCCCUUUUACCGAAGCCACCCCACGGCUCGACGAAUGCCCACAUGAUCAAUGGAGCCCGAGCCAUUCAGGAAUCGCUGCUCAAGGACUUUGCCUCCAAGUCGGAAUGUUGGAAUUGGUUCAACAGAGAUGAGGCAGCAGCAUCACAGGUACCAAAGCCACCCGUGAAAGUAGAGCCGAAUCCAAGGAAUUUGGAGCACCAAGAGAAGAUUGAACAACUCGAGCGCAAAGUGAAUAGUUUGAGAGAAGAAAAGAAAAAGUGGCUCGCCUUGAAGAACACACAGCCCGUCGAGCUCCCCCCUUUGUUCCCGGAGUCCGGGUCGUCCGAAGGUGCACCGCCGGGUGCCAGCUUGCCGAACCUGAAGUACCUGGAUGCCAGUGAGGCGCAAAUGCUGAGCUACGUUACCGAUCCGGGAUCCUCAUCCGACGGACUCCGAAGAAAGGUGCAAGCGAGGAUAAAAAGCGUGCAGUCGACACUCGAGUUCAAGAUGGAUCAGCUGGCAGACGGGGUACAUAAGCUUCUGCAACGAGUCGACACGGCGGGACGUGAGGCCGACAGAGUACUCGCGCUCAGUGCGGCCCGGCUCAAGAUGCGCGAAGAAAAAGAGAAAUCGGCGACGGGCACGAAGGAGCUUCCUACCAUGGAGGUGCUCAGGAGUCUAGGGCGGAUAUUGCCCGAAGGAGUGGGGGACUGA